UCAGUGUCAGUGUCAAUCACAAUUUACGAGUCAAUUUGUCAUGUCUGCUGAGUACACCACUCGAGUUAUUUUUGUGUUUCAUUAAAAUCUAACAAAUAGCUAUUAUGAAAGUUAACUUCUGAUUUAAUUCCGUACCUGAAAAUGUAAAUAAACAUAACUAUUUCAGAGAUUAAUCUCGAACAGUUUAGUAACAAUGUGUUAUAAACUGCUGCGUACCAUGGACUGACCCAAAGUUUUGGUUUAUUUUGUGUGAAGCUGCAUCUAUUUUGAGUCCUUCUCAGACUACCCGAUGACGUAAAAUAACCAUCCUGACAAUGAGCUGGCUCCGCACGACGUCCCUGUCCUUCGCACGGCAGCUGUCCCGCUCACUCGACCCGCGUAGUGACUACGAGCCUCAGGCAUGCUACAGCUCCUUCUGCAAGCACUGGCAGCAGGCGCACGAUAUCAUACUGAAGUCUCACCCCCACAACUUGCACGAUGACGUGCUCGCCGUGGUGAAUCACCUGGAACAGCUGUCCACGCUGCUGGUGCUGGAGGCGCGGGCGCGGGAGGCGGGGGAGGGGGCGCGGGGGGUGAGGGAGGCGGCGGCGGAGGGGGGCGACAGCUGCCUCGAGUUCCUGCUGAGCGAGAAUGUGCUGCACCAGCUGUAUGAGUGGGCUGUGGUUACGGGGAAAUACGAAAAUGCCGUCCGACUAGAACAAUUGAAGAUAUAUGGCAGCCUCGUCAGCCAUUAUAGCACUCAGGUGAUAGCAGCAGAACCAUUCUUGAGGCCAUUACUGAAGCUGCUCAGCGGGUUCAGGAAUGAACUGCCACCACCCAAUGUUGAAGCGCAACUGGUGUCGGUGCUGAACCAGCUGUGCGUGGCGCUGAUGCAGAACAUGAAGUUCAUCGACCUGUUCUUCCUCACCACGCACUCGCAGCACGGCUCGCAGGCCGAGUUCAUAAUAGUCCGCCUCCUCCUAUCGAGCGUGCACCGCGAGGGCAGAACCGGGGCGGCGGCGCGGGACGCCCUUCUACUGUGCGCCAAGAUGUCCGCCCUCAGCGCGCAACUAGCCGAGUACAUGCUGGCCAGCAACACGUGCCCGGUGCUCGCCACAGGUCUAAGCGGACUGUACUCUCUACUGCCCCGCGCACUGCCCCGCGACUGCGUCCGUCUGACGCCGGACCACGUCAACACAAUGCACAAGCUCGCGCUGUUCAUAGACUCGCUAGAGUUCUGCAACGCCGUCGCUCAGGUGGCGCAUCCGUCCAUAACGAAACACCUUCUAGACUUGCUGUACCAAGGGUUCCUAGUGCCAGUCAUGGGACCAGCGCUUCUUCAGACUCGACCGAUGGCGUUGCAGAGUGGCGCGCCAGAGCAGACCGCGGCCACGGGCUAUCUCGAGCUGAUAGUUCGCUCCGUCACCGCUAGAGGGCUGUUAAGGACGGUUCUUGAGUUUCUACUCAAAUACGAGUACGAUGGAGUCGGAUUACUACAUGUACUGAUGACGAGAUUGGACGGGGAAUCGCAGCUUUCACUCAUCGCUCUAUCACUAAUGGAGACCCUUAUAGACCUGAACUCCGAAGACGUGAUGCUGGAACUGAUCUUCAAGUACCUUCUGAACGGUCACCAUCUUGCCCCGUCCCUAAGAAACAGAAUAUCCGAGCCAGAAAUAUACAGAGAAACCGCUUUUGCCUACCUGUCUUUAGCUCCAAAUAUAUGCACUAGACCUUUGGAAAAGACGAGGAAAUUCGUCGAAGAAUUGGAAAUGAGUGGGAGAAGAGUGCUGGAGUUUCCAAGACAUGAUGACGGCAGACGGUACAUGAACGGAGUGAGUGAAGGAAUCGCGAUGGAUAACUUGGUGAAAGAAGUCAAGUUUAACUAUGGGAAUCCCAACGAGUCGCUAAUCGGCAACUACCACGCGUAUCUCUGCGACGCGAGGUUCGAGAUCGUGUCCCGAUGCAUCGCGUGCCAGAACUGGACCUCCAAAUACGACCAAAUCACGCAACCGAAACGAGAAGCGAACAACAACAAGGAAACGAAAGAGAUAGACAUACCGCACAGCAGCGCGAGAGAGCCAGACAGCCUCAUUUCCAUCUGCACCAGUGGAUACGAAACCCUCAAAACAAGCGAUACGUCGGAAAAAGAACCGCAUAGCUUAACCUCUUUGGUCGAAGAUAUCGAGCCAGCGCUUCUAAUCGAGAUGCUAAAAUCGAACGCAGAUUUGAACAAAGAACUCGAUAGUCUGACCUCUUUUGGCAGCAGUGGGGAUGAUAGCCUCAAGUGUAGGCUAGAUGAUGAAGACAGUGGGUUUUCUGAGGAUCUGUUCGCUAAAACUAUUAGGAAAGUGGAGAAUGGGGGACGCCAUUUUGAUGGAGAUGUCCCUAUGAGGAGUUGGCGGGCCAGCGCUGAAUCCAUAGUCGGCCCACUGCUAGCCAACCUCCUGCGCAAAGCCGCCCUACUCCUAGAAUCCGACUUGACACAGAACCUGCGAGUGACGUGUGUGCUGUCCAAGCUGCUGUGUCUGCCGACGCCGCUGGUGACGUCACUGAUGACCACCGGCGCUGUGCCGCCCAAUGUGCCAUCGCUGUUUCAGAUCGUGUCUAAACUAAAGCAAGAAGUGGACGAGUUGACCGCUUCGCUGUCGAACGCGCGACCGCUAGUGGACCGCGCGCGGCUGUUCCUCGUGCAGCGAGAGAUGGCGCUGGUGAGAUCCAGACACGCUGCCGAUGAAGCCCCCUCCCCACACCCUGCGGAGUCCCCCCGCGCGCGCGACGAGCCCCCGCCGCGGCGCGGGGAGGGCAAGCGCCGCAGCCUGUCCGACAGCCUGUCCAACAUGUUCGGACGACGACUGUCCACUUCAUCACCGUCCAGCAGUCCACAGAGUAGCCACGCGGCCCCGCACGCCGCCAGUCCACAGAGAAGACCAGACUUCAUGCAGGAAGAGUACUGGAACCAGUCCAUCACACUACGCACCAUCCUCAACGCAGUAGUCUUAGACGAGUGGCUGAAAGAACUCGCUGCCUUGGCCGAAGAACACGCCCUCAGACUGACCACAGACAACUUUGAAGACUCCGCCUAUGUCAGGUCUGUGGCAUUAUGACUGAAAGCCACUGCCCCGGGCAACAGAUUUAAAAAGAAAAAAGUCACCUUUCUCAUCGCCAACGAUUCGAUAGACACACCGGUGUGAUACGUGUAAAUAUGGAUUUUAAAAAGACUAACAUGUAGAGAAAAUUAUUUAUGUAUAUUUUUUACUAAUGAACAAUUUAUUGAAUGAUCAA